GUUCCUGGUUGUGAGUACAAGGUUCCUGGCGGUGAGGACAAGGUUCCUGGCGGUGAGGACAAGGUUCCUGGCGGUGAGGACAAGGUUGCUGGCGGUGAGGACACGGUUCCUGGCACGGAGGACAAGGUUCCUGGCCCUGAGGACACGGUUCCUGGCCCUGAGGACACGGUUCCUGGCCCUGAGGACACGGUUCCUGGCGGUGAGGACAAGGUUCCUGGCGUUGAGAACACGGUUCCUGGCCCUGAGGACACGGUUUCUGGCCCUGAGGACACGGUUCCUGGCGUGAGGACAAGGUUCCUGGCGUUGAGGACAAGGUUCCUGGCGUUGAGGACAAGGUUCCUAGCGGUGAGGACAAGGUUCCUGGCAGUGAGGACAAGGUUCCUGGUGGUGAGGACAAGGUUCCUGGUGGUGAGGACAAGGUUCCUGGCGGCGAGGACAAGGUUCCUGGCGGUGAGGACAAGGUUCCUUAAACUCAUAUUAAUAAUUCAUGAGGAAAAUACAAAAGAAAUCACUGCUGUGUCGGUGGUUUUGUAUGUGAUAAAAAAUCAUGUUCAUUUACAUAGACUAUAGCUUUGAUUUUCUCGGCUUACUGGACAGUGUUCAGUUUUAAAACUAAUAAGCUAUUUCGCCAAUGAACUCAUCAGAUGGGUCGUUUUUUAAGCCAUUUAAAACAUUCGCAGUUCGUGCUUUAUCAGAUAUAAACCAGUCGAGCUGCACUCUUGUGUUUUAUAUCUGAUGAAGCACUCAGUCCUGUUCGUGUUUUGAAUAGUAUACCUAACAUUAACAUCAUUCUUCCUGAUUACAGCCAUAAUAUAGCGCAAGUUUAAAAGCUUUCACGCUGUCCCGAACGCUCAAAACGUGCAGCAAAACAUAGUCAAUUAAACUGAUCUAUCUAUCUUAAUGUUUUGGAGGACGCGGUGCAGUGGCAAUUCUAUUUCAUGGAACUAUGAAUAUGAAACUAGUUUUCAUUUCUCUGACGAAUGUUCUGGAAUGUUCGUAAAUAGCUAUUAAUAAUUAACUAUCCUGACCUGUACAGACGUGUCUAUGUCAUGUGACCUGUCACGGGUCUAGUCACAAAUGCUGACAAUCCGUGAUUGGUCGAGCGGAAGAUUCCUGGGACGCGCCGGAACAGGAUCUUUCCGGUAUAAAUUGCGCAUUUCGAACGCACUGGUCACAGAGCUCUAGCGCAACCGAAGAUUAACAUUGAGAAAAUGUCUUUGGGUAUUUUUUUUAGCUCUUCGUCGGACGAUGUUGCGUGGAGAAGCGCGCACUCAGAGUCUCGAGAGGACGAUGAUGAGUCGAACGAGUCAAAUUCUCGUCAAUCUCGUAUAGACGAAAAACGGCCAAAAACAUACAUCCGCGCUUCCGUAAUUACAAGACGGGAACGUGCGAGCUCCUCUUCGGACGAUGUUGAACGAAGCGCGCACGAGGAUAGAACGGGAUGUAAGCUGUCCAGACGCGCUCGAGAAACGCGCAAUGACAUGCCCACAACAUCGCGCGCUAUGUACGAAGAAGAUCACGAUGAUGAGUCGAGUGAAAACAGAGGAUGCAUGCAAAUGCCCUCAAGGUAUCCAUACUGAUGUUAUCUCGAGAUAAAUUGCACUUGUCCUGAUAGGCCAAUUGGUAGCUUAACAUACAAGCAGUUUAGGCUUCUGAGUUUAGGUUAAGCAGUCCCAGAACUGCAAUGCGCGCAAUCAAACUAAUUUGUUCAAACAAGUUGCGCGCUUUAAAGUGAAAUGCAAACGUUCGUACAUAAUUUGGAAAGCUUUGAAGUGCUUGAAGUCAUUACAUCAUUUUACUUUUAUUAUCUGUUUGCUAUCUGCGCAGCAGGGACUUUCCCCUAAAUAGGGGCUUCCCUUUUAGCCGCUAAGCAUGACGGUAGGAGGCUUCAGGUCAGUGUUUCCACUUCUGCAGCACACAAUUUCCUGCUUUGCUCAUAUGUUUUCUUUAUUUUGAACAAAAUUUCCUUCUUUUUGUAUUUUUAAAUCGAAGGUGGAAAAUUGUCAUUAGACAGUGCGCAUCUAUAAUUUUACAAAUUAUGUUGUUCUCUGGAUUUAAACGUUUUAAAAUAUUUGAUUACAAUUAUCCAGGGAACAACCGAUAGUUUGUAAAAUUAUUCAAUUAAUAAAAUGCUUGGAUUACAAAUCUUCAACUCUAUUGGAUAUAUGAACAUGGUCAUGAGUGUACUGGAUUUUAGUUUAUAUAUGAGCAUGCAGGACGCUACCUAACUAAAGUAGCAAAAUGUUAGCACAGCAUAUUUAGAGGGUAUAGACCCAUUGCACAUGACGUCACAGCGCCGGUGACGAUGCAUCUGGAGGACAAAUUAGCAAUCUAUGCAUAAUAUAGCCUUUUGCAAACAAAGCAAAUUUUGUAAAACUUUAUAAUAAUUUUGUAUUAAAAUGGUUAAGUUUUGCGCUGUAUGUGGUUGUUGUACCCGAACAGAUAUUGUUAGGGAGCAUCUGGAGGACACCCUAAGGAUUUGUGACGUCAGUGCAAUGGGUCCUAUUAUCUAUCGUGACAACAGGGUCCUGUUUUAGUGCUGACUGCUGCAUAAGAUCAAUCUUCUUCAAUCAAAUUGUUAGACCAGGGCAAGAAAUAAACCAAAACAUUGCAACCCUUUCCGCUAAACAUUUUCGUAUAAACAUAAACUAAAGCUCCGUAUUACAGGUCAUACAUCAGUAAGCAUGGAAUUUCCUUUUGCCCCCAGUUCAAAAGGGUACCCUAGAGCGACGAAAGCCAUUAAAAUUUCAUGAUACAAGGUUUUAACUGAGAAUAUAAAUCCAUAUAGUUGCGUUGGUACCGGAUAAUAUGUAAUAAAGUGUAAUAUAUUGCAAAAACAGCUUCUCCCGCAUUCAUGACGUCAUAGGUACCCCCCCGGGAAAGGGUCUUCGCGUGAAACGUCGAUGUUCUCCUUGUAUUUAUCAGGCAGCUGCACACUACCAAUCUGAAGUUUCCUUAAAAUGUCUUUCCUGACAUGUACAUGCGCUCAAGUGCGUAUGAAAGCACACACAGACCCCACUUAUUGUGGCAAUAUUGUUUUCUAACAACGUGGUGUCAAGAGGCGCCUGAAUAAACUGGGCGUUUUGAUUGGCAAAAUUUCACACGUUACUCUGAUUGCCUGUCACAAUGCUAACAAGCCGUGAUUGGUCGGGCGGGGCUUUGGACGCGCGGGGAACACGAUUUCUCGGGUAUAAAAAUGUGCAGCGCAAACGCACUGGUCACAAAUACGACCCCACUCAGUGUGAAACAAGAUUAAAAUUGAAAAAAUGUCUUUGGAUAUUUCUAGCUCUUCUUCGGGCGAUGGUGAAUCACGAAGCGCGCACGAGGGUACGACGGGGUAUAAAUUGCGCACUCGCUCUCGAGAAACGCGCAUUAAAAUGGCGAAAAUGGCGCGCGCUAUGUGUGAAGAAGACGAUGAUGUGUUGAACGAGUCAAAAAAUCGUAUAACCAUGAAACGACCAAGAUCGUACGUCCGAUAAACUGAUUAACUGACCUAAGAAAAGUUGUCUAUCUAUCUUAAUGUCUUGGAGGACGCGGUGCAGUGGCAAUUCUACUUCAUGGAACUAUGAAUAUGAAACUAGUUUUCAUUUCUCUGACGAAUGUUCUGGAAUGUCUGUAAAUAGCCAUUUAUAAUUAACUAUCCUGACCUGUACAGACGUGUCUAUGUCAUGUGACCUGUCACGGGUCUAGUCACAAAUGCUGACAAUCCGUGAUUGGUCGAGUGGAACUUCCAUGGGACGCGCCGGAACAGGAUCUUUCCGGUAUAAAGUGCGCAUUUCGAACGCACUGGUCACAGAGCUCUAGCGCAACCGAAGAUUAACAUUGAGAAAAUGUCUUUGGGUAUUUUUUUUAGCUCUUCGUCGGACGAUGUUGCGUGGAGAAGCGCGCACUCCGAGUCUCGAGAGGACGAUGAUGAGUCGAGCGAGUCAAAUUCUCGUCAAUCUCGUAUAGACGAAAAACGGCCAAAAACAUACAUCCGCGCUUCCGUAAUUACAAGACGGGAACGUGCGAGCUCUUCUUCGGACGAUGUUGAACGAAGCGCGCACGAGGAUAGAACGGGAUAUAAGCUGUCCAGACGCGCUCGAGAAACGCGCAAUGACAUGCCCACAACAUCGCGCGCUAUGUUCGAAGAAGAUCACGAUGAUGUGUCGAGGGAAAAUGAAGGAUGCAUGCAAAUGCCCUCAAGGUAUCCAUACUGAUGUUAUCUCGAGAUAAAUUGCACUUGUCCUGAUAGGCCAAUUGGUAGCUUAACAUACUAAGCAGUUUAGGCUUCUGAGUUUAGGUUAAGCAGUUUCAGAACUGCAAUGCGCGCAAUCAAACUAAUUUGUUCAAACAAGUUGCGCUUUAAAGUGAAAUGCAAACGUUCGUACAUAAUUUGGAAAGCUUUGAAGUCAGCUUGAAGUCAUUACAUCAUUUUACUUUUAUUAUCUGUUUGCUAUCUGCGCAACAGGGACUUUCCCCUAAAUAGGGGCUUCCCUUUUAGCCGCUAAGCAUGACGGUAGGAGGCUUCAGGUCAGUGUUUCCACUUCUGCAGCACACGAUUUCCUGCUUUGCUCAUAUUUUUUCUUUAUUUUGAACAAAAUUUCCUUUAAGGGUUAAAAAUUUGUAAAGUUUCUUUUUGUAUUUUUAAAUCGAAGGUGGAAAAUUGUCAUUAGACAGUGCGCAUCUAUAAUUUUACAAAUUAUGUUGUUCUCUGGAUUUAAACGUUUUAAAAUAUUUGAUUACAAUUAUCCAGGGAACAACCGAUAGUUUGUAAAAUUAUUCAAUUAAUAAAAUGCUUGGAUUACAAAUCUUCAACUCUAUUGGAUAUAUGAACAUGGUCAUGAGUGUACUGGAUUUUAGUUUAUAUAUGAGCAUGCAGGACGCUACCUAACUAAAGUAGCAAAAUGUUAGCAUAGCAUAUUUAGAGGGGUAUAGACCCAUUGCACAUGACGUCACAGCGCCGUUGACGAUGCAUCUGGAGGACAAAUUAGCAAUCUAUGCAUAAUAUAGCCUUUUGGAAACAAAGCAAAUUUUGUAAAACUUUAUAAUAAUUUUGUAUUAAAAUGGUUAAUUUUUGUGCUGUAUGUGGUUGUUGUACCCUAACAGAUAUUGAGUAGGGAGCAUCUGGAGGACGCUCUAAGGAUUUGUGACGUCAGUGCAAUGGGUCCUAUUAUCUAUCGUGACAACAGGGUCCUGUUUUAGUGCUGACUGCUGCAUAAGAUCAAUCUUCUUCAAUCAAAUUGUUAGACCAGUGCAAUAAAUAAACCAAAACAUUGCAACCCUUUCCCCCAAACACUUUCGUAUAAACAUAAACUAAAGCUCCGUAUUACAGGUCAUACAUCAGUAAGCAUGGAAUUUCCUUUGGCCCCCAGUUCAAAAGGGUACCCUAGAGCGACGAAAGCCCUUAAUAUUUCAUGAUACAAGGUUUUAACUGAGAAUAUAAAUCCAUAUAGUUGCGUUGGUACCGGAUAAUAUGUAAUAAAGUGUAAUAUAUUGCAAAAACAGCUUCUCCCGCAUUCAUGACGUCAUAGGUACCCCCCGGGAAAGGGUCUUCGCGUGAAACGUCGAUGUUCUCCUUGUAUUUAUCAGGCAGUUGCACACUACCAAUCCGAAAUUCCCUCAAAAUGUCUUUCCUGACCAUGUACAAGCGCUCAAGUGCGUAUGAAAGCACACACAGACCCCACUUAUUGUGGCAAUAUUGUUUUCUAACAACGUGGUGUCAAGAGGCGCCUGAAUAAACUGGGCGUUUUGAUUGGCAAAAUUUCACACGUUACUCUGAUUGCCUGUCACAAUGCUAACAAGCCGUGAUUGGUCGGGCGGGGCUUUGGACGCGCGGGGAACACGAUUUCUCGGGUAUAAAAAUGCGCAGCGCAAACGCACUGGUCACAAAUACGACCCCACUCAGUGUGAAACAAGAUUAAAAUUGAAAAAAUGUCUUUGGAUAUUUCUAGCUCUUCUUCGGGCGAUGGUGAAUCACGAAGCGCGCACGAGGGUACGACGGGGUAUAAAUUGCGCACUCGCUCUCGAGAAACGCGCAUUAAAAUGGCGAAAAUGGCGCGCGCUAUGUAUGAAGAAGACGAUGAUGAGCUCAACGAGUCAAAAACUCGUAUAACCAUAAAACGACCAAGAUCGUACGUCCGCGCUUCGGCUACAAGACGGGAACGGACAAGAAUGCGCAAACUGAAUGUGGCUUACGAUAGGCUGAGGAAAGUCGUUCCGAAUUUGGGCUGUGAUUCGCCGGACGCACGAUUAUCUAAAAUCGCUACUUUACGGCUGGCCAUCGAAUACAUCACAGUGUUGACCGACUAUCUUCGGAGUACGGAGAACGACACAAUACCGCAUGAUGGAACCGAGAGUAGCGCCGAUGAAGAUAACACGAGUUCUGCUUACGACGAAUCUAAAGUUCUAGCGGAACUUAUCAACAGCGUCGUCGAGGAAUUUGGUUGGUUUUUAGGUAGGUUCAGUUUUAUCGAUGUUAUAAAAACCCGCCAUGAUCGUUAGCAAAGCUGGUUUUAAAUUGUUGACAAGAGCACAAAUAUUUUGUAUUCGUGUUUAGGUUUUUGAGUCGGUUUGAAGCAAAAAAUACCAUGACAUUUUGUAGCGUUUCAAUGGGUUUCGAUAAAACAUUUCGUAUAGACAAAAGCGUGACAAAAUGUGCGUUCUAUUAGAUUGUAGAGGUUUUAAAUAAUCUACUCUUUGUUAUAUUUAAUUCUGCCGAUGUGGUUGGGCUAAGCCGGACUGAGCGAAUCGCGCGAACUAUACAGUCGUGCUCUGGGACCAGCGCUUCUAAAACCUACAACAAAAAUUUUCAAUUUGACUUAAUUUUUAGAUGGAUUUAUGUAUUUUAUUAGAUUUUGUGCGAUAUUUCUACGUAUCGUAAACAUUUUAAAAACAGCAGCUAUACACGUGACAUAAGGACAAUUUUUUGCCGAAAGGUAUAAACGUCCAUUCUUCCCCGAAGGCGAAGGGUUGUCUUGCCAAAAUGGUGUCCUUUCAAUUUGGGUUUUUUCUCUAAAAUGCCUAGGAACUCAGCGACACUUUCAAGGUAGCAUGAUAAAAACAUUGCAAAAAUAUACAGAAGGUUUUAUAAGGAAUAUCUGUCGUGGAGAUGCUUAAAAGUAGCGCCCCGUUCUGCCGUUUGCUGGCGAGGCAUUUUACGAAACCCAACCGCUAAAACAACUAUAAAACAUCUGUUGUAUUGGUGGACAUUUUGCCUUCGAAUGGAAGCGAAAUAGAGCUGGAAUAAGUGCAGUUUUUGUUGCUUUAAAACAUUAGCUUGUAAACUGUGACAGUGUCUGUCUUUUGUGGCUUUUAAAUUUAGCGAAUGUACUGUACAAUUUGAGAAUUCAUGCCGCCUUUCGACGCUCCAAAGAAAAACAACAGCCUAUAAGCAGCAAUGGCGACUUACGUCACGCACGGGAAGGGAUUCUUAGUCUUCAUAGAUAUUUAUUGUUCUUAUUCGCUCUAAAAACUUGUGCUUCUUGUAAAGAAUUUAAUCUGCUCUGUAUUUAUCGCAGAAAUUAUGCAAGACUGACUUUGUAGUGCAGUCCGUAACAAUAUAGUUUUACGAGGUAUAACUUUGAACAAUGACGAUGGCCCUUAAUUUUCGCCAACUAUUCCCCAUUUUAAAGCCGCCAGCUUACGCCAGAUGCAUGUGUUAAACACUUUAAAGAUAGUUGUGAAAAGGCAGUUGAUAUUAGGGAUUAUUUCCAGCUAAAAAAUUACAUUGUUUAACAUGUUUCAAACGAGAAAAUCAAUUUUGCGCAAAAAUAUGUUUAGUCACUGCUUCGCUGGUUUAAUGCAACAGGCAUAGUGGAUCUCUAUUAGAAAUUUAAAAUAUUUGCAAAAGUCAAUGGCUCUGUGCCACUGUCGGGUAGUUAAAACAUGUAUAAUUUCUUCUUUUAGACAACUAUUUUUGAUGAGUCACACAAGUUCAUGUCGUACAAAUUAGUCUUAGUUUAAAAUAUCAUGUUAUAAUCAUGAUUGUUCAAUACAUAUACAUAAUCGCUUUCGCUUAAUCUUACAAAAUGUCUAAACUGGCAUAAGUACUUGUGUUCAAAUUUCCAAUAUUUCGGCUCAACUAUUACUCUAUAUUAUUUUGCUCUUUGCUUAUUUUGGUUAUCUUUGAAUAUUAUUUUAGAAGACCAGUGA